AUGUUGGACGAUAUACUCGAUUUUCGGUCGCCGACCACAUUGUCCUUCCUCUUCCUCUCACUGGCAUUCUUCCUCGUCAGAUACCUUAACCACACCGACACACCCAAGAUCAAGAACUUGCCUGAGAUCCCCGGCGUUCCACUAUUCGGCAAUCUGCUCCAGCUCGGCCAGGACCAUGCCCGAGUGACGGCCAAAUGGGCCAAGCAGUAUGGAUGGCCUGUAUUCCAGACACGCCUGGGGAACCGCCGGAUUGUCUUCGCGAACUCGUUCGAGUCGGUCAAGCAUCUUUGGAUCACCAACCAAUCGUCUCUGAUCUCGCGACCGAUGCUGUACACUUUCCACAGCGUCGUGUCCACCUCUCAGGGUUUCACCAUCGGCACCUCGCCGUGGGACGAGUCGUGCAAGCGUCGGAGAAAGGUGGCUGCGACCGCUCUAAAUCGACCGGCUGUCCAGAGUUACAUGCCGUUCAUUGAUCUGGAGGCGACUGUGGCGAUCAGGGACCUCUACAAAGACAGUCAGGGCGGCACCAUCGAGCUGGACCCGCGAAAGUACUUUCACCGCUUCGCGCUCAACACCAGCCUGACUCUCAAUUACGGAAUCCGUAUCGAUGGCGGGAUUGACCAAGAGCUGUUGCGAGAAGUCGUGCACGUCGAGCGCGUCGUGUCUAAUUUCCGCAGUACCUCGAACAACUGGCAAGACUAUAUCCCGUUGCUGCGCCUGCCGUUCAUCUCCCGCCAGAACAAGUCGGCCGUUGAGUACCGGCAACGGCGGGACAAGUACCUCACCACGUUUUUGGACAUGCUCAAGGACCGCAUCGCCAAGGGCACCGACAACCCUUGCAUUUCGGGCAACAUCAUCAAGGACCCCGAAGAAAAGCUCAACGACGCGGAACUCAAGUCCAUCUGCCUGACCAUGGUCUCGGCCGGAAUCGACACGGUACCGGGCAACAUGAUCAUGGGCCUGGGCUACUUGGCGUCGGAGCAAGGGCGCGAGAUCCAACAGCGCGCGUACGACGAGAUCAUGAAGGUAUACCCGACGGACGGCGAGGCGUGGGAAAAGUGUCUGACGGAGGAAAAAGUGCCGUACGUGACGGCGCUGACCAAGGAGAUCCUGCGCUUUUGGACCGUCAUCCCCAUCUGCCUGCCGCGCACCAGCAUCAAGGACAUCACGUACCAAGACGCCGUGAUCCCUGCAGGCACCACCUUUUACAUGAACGCGUGGGCCGCCGACUACGACGACUCGCACUUCAAGGACCCCGCGCGCUUCAUGCCGGAGCGCUACCUCGACGAUCAGGAGGGCAGUGGGACGCCGCACUACGGCUACGGGGCGGGCAGUCGCAUGUGUGUGGGCUCGCACCUCGCCAAUCGCGAGAUCUACACGGCUUUCCUGCGCAUGAUUACCGCAUUCGAGUUCUUCCCGGCCAAGGACCCCAGGGACCGUCCCGUGCUGGACGCGCUCGAGUGCAAUAGUAUUCCGACGGCGCUGACGACGGAGCCGAAGCCGUUCAAGGUGGGGUUUCGGAUCAGGAAUAAGGAGAGCCUGGAGAGGUGGAUCAGGGAGAGUGAUGAGCGGACGAAGGACUUGUGA